UGUCCGUUAGUGCGGCAGAGCGGAGUAUCGUCAGUUGCUUGGCCAGACGUUUGUGAGUAAAUAUCAGCUGGAUGCGUAGCGUUAUUUCGCGACGGCGUGCCGACGUGCGAGCGCGACGACAUUAAAAAUAAUUUUCACGGCUGUUCCACGAGAAAGCCGCGAUGAUGGGCCUCUUUCAGACCUCCUCGCCCUUCGACGCUGACGUCGAAAAGGCAACUAACGAGAACAAUGUAACGGAAGAAUGGGGAAAAAUAAUGGAUAUCUGUGACAAAGUCGGCACUUCCAGUCAAAAUUCUAAGGACUGUUUACGUUCUAUCGUUAAAAGAUUGUACUGUCAGGACCCUCAUGUAGUCGUGCAAGCUAUAACAUUGUUAGAUGCUUGUGCCAGUAAUUGUGGAAAAGUUUUCCAUUUGGAAAUUGCGUCCCGAGAUUUUGAAAAUGAUUUGAGAAAGCUUAUUAACCAUCCACAACCGAAAAUAGUAGAUAAAACCAAAGCACUUUUGAAAAAAUGGGUAGAAGGUGAUUUUAAAACAGAUCCACAAUUGAAUCUGAUUCCAAGUUUAUAUAAUAAACUAAGAAGUGAAGGCCAUGACUUUUCUUCUGUCUCGGAUACGCCGAAACGUUCUAGCACUCUAAGCAGAGAUCCUAAUGUAGUAACAAACUCGCAAGAAGAAUCAGAUAUUGCAAGAGCCAUACAACUUUCAUUGCAAGAAACUAAAGCUCAUACUCAAAGCACUUCAUCGCAUAGCUCGCCAGCCUCUAAAAAAAAUACUAGUUUAUAUCCUAGUAUGACUUCUGUGCUUGGAGCCCCAAGCACCUCUCAAGAAGGCAGGAAAGUACGUGCUUUGUAUGAUUUUGAAGCUGCAGAGGAUAAUGAACUGACAUUCUUAGCGGGAGAAAUAAUUAACAUUUUGGAUGAUUCUCAUCCAAAUUGGUGGAAAGGUAGCAAUCAAAGAGGUGAAGGGCUCUUUCCUUCCAAUUUUGUUACUGCUGAUUUGUCUGUUGAACCAGAACAGUUUACAAAAUUGGAACAUAGUAACAAGAAAUUAGUGCAAUUCGCAGAAGAAGUAGAAGUAAAAAUGGUAAAACGUGAACCUGAAGUGGUGGAAGUUGAAAUAGAUGAAAAGAAAAUGGAUAGAUUAUUACAUUUGCUUCACGAAGCUGAUCCGCAAUGUGAUACCUCUGAUCCUCAGGAAAUGCUCGAUUUAGAAGAUCAAGUUACUGCAAUGGGGCCUUUGAUUGACGCGGCUUUGGAAAAAGUAGACAGGCGGCAUGCGCAGCUUACCCAAUUAAGUUCCGAUUUGGUUGACGCUCUUAAUUUGUAUCACACUCUGAUGAGAGAACCUCCAACGCCGUCUGGUUACACUUUGCCUAAAAUGCAGCCACAUAUAAGUCCUUAUCCAUUCCACAAUCCGGGACCACCACCAACUCACAUGUUUAAUGGUAUGCCACCUCCGUUCCCUACUGGAGCAGCCUCAGGUCCGGUGGGGCCAUAUAACGCGAGUUUGCCAAGCACCGAGUACAUGGGUCCUACCAAUAUGCCAAACAUGACUUUACCCCAACAUUUUCAUGUUCAAUCGGGAUCCCACCAACAUCCACCUGGACAUCCACAAGGAUCAUCUUUGCCACCGCCUGAUCAAAAUAGCCUACCUUAUCAACCACAAGGCAGAUAUCCACCUCAAAGCGGCCCAACACCCGGGCUAUAUGGUCCGCCUGGACCUACAGGACCUGUAAAUCAACAAUCGCAAUAUGCUCCACCAAACGGGCAACACAUGAUGUAAAGCAAAGCUAUGCGUUACAAACUCAUCUUGUACUCUAAUUCAAGUUGUACACAAUAUUACUUUAUUAUAAUUAUUUAAAUAAACAUACCCAAAGUAGCCAAAGAUAAUGGGUUUUUAAUAAA